GAAACACUAGCGAACUUGGAGAGACAGAUCUAUGCUUUUGAAGGAAGCUACCUGGAAGACACUCAGAUGUAUGGCAAUAUCAUUCGUGGCUGGGAUCGAUAUCUGACCAACCAAAAAAAUUCCAAUAGUAAAAACGAUAGAAGGAACCGGAAGUUUAAGGAAGCUGAGCGACUCUUCAGCAAAUCUUCAGUGACAUCAGCAGCCGCAGUAAGUGCAUUGGCAGGAGUUCAGGACCAGCUCAUUGAAAAGAGGGAACCAGGAAGUGGAACAGAAAGUGACACUUCUCCAGACUUCCACAAUCAGGAAAAUGAGCCCAGCCAGGAGGACCCCGAGGAUCUGGAUGGAUCUGUGCAGGGAGUGAAACCUCAGAAGGCUGCCUCCUCUACUUCCUCAGGGAGUCAUCACAGCAGCCAUAAAAAACGAAAGAAUAAAAAUCGGCACAGCCCGUCUGGCAUGUUUGAUUAUGACUUUGAGAUUGAUCUGAAGUUAAACAAAAAACCACGAGCUGACUAUUAGAAGAUGCAUUAGUGCAGAAGCUUCCAGGCUAUAGAGCCCUGCUUCCCUUCUCCGACCUCACAAAGAUAAACAUCCCUCACCUGAGUGCGUGGCCAUCCACCUCUGCUCUCCCGGACCCAGUGCCUGUGACUCUAAGUAGUUUGUUCUAAAUGUGGUGACAAACAAGUCAUUUCUGUAAGACAUUGGAUCAUUUACUUUGUGUCAUUUUUAGUAACAGAACUUCAGGAAGACCAAGACAUGGUUGUAAUCCCAGCAAAUUGCUAACUGUGCAUUUCUCCCUUCUUAGAAUGAAUGUCUUCCCCCAAACUGGCUGGCACCAGCUUCAUCUGUGAUUCCCAUCGAGAAAUGUUCUCUGGUUUUGUUUUAUGCUAAAAGUAGAUGACAAGUCAUUUCAGAUGGAGGCUGUAAAUAUCUGGCAUGUUCUUAUUUUGUUUUGUGUGUUCUUAUUUUUCUAUUGUUGUUUUUACCAUCUUAUUUUCUUUUGGGACUUUUUGUAAUGCCUUUGUACAGUUCAUGCCUUCCCACUGACAUAUCUGAUAAUCUGUUUCAUGCAGUUGCCAAUAUUCUUAACUGAAAAUAAUCUGGCUUAUCAUAAGUAAAAUGGGAAACUUGGCUCUGUGGUUUUUUGCAAGAGGAGGUAAAGAGUGUUUAUUUAGUAAUUACCUAUCUUAAAUCUUUCUGAGUUGGAAGCAGAUUCAUGUUCAAGGAACAGGAAAAAUGGAAAACCACAAGUUUAAACCAAUCCUUUUAAAAUAGCUAUUUUUUAUUCUUUUGUAUAAAUAAAAUUUCACAGGCUUUGGCUUCUCAUACUUUACUUUUAAACCUGAGACUGGUUUUUCACUUAUUUUAUUUAUUCAUAUCAUGCCUUAUGGAAAUUUCUUUUAUAUAUAUAUAUAUAUUUUCUCUCUUUGCUGGUAUUUGCCUAAUUAAAUAUUGCUGUAAAAAUCAACAUGGCAUAUGGAAAGGCUCAAAAUUAUGCAAAAACCUGAUAAUGUGUGGAGUUCUUGAGUGGAGUGAAAGAUUGCAUCAGUGGGAGCCAGUGUUACCACCAGAUCUCCCAUCUUUAGAGGGGCUGAUGGACCGAGGAAUAUGCUGGUAAUUGCUGCCUGUCUCGAGUGCCCUGGUGAUCUGCCUCGGCUGCACAUUGAAAUCACCUGGAAGCUUAAAAAAAUAUCAGUGCCUGAGGUCUACCCCCAGAGACUUUGGGGUACAGCCUAGUUACUGGGAUUUCCUUUCAUGAGACCCUGGGAUUCUGAUAAGGAGCCAAGUUGAGGACCACUACGUUAGGAGACCUAAUGGUUUAAUUUCAGUCCUAUGUAUGAAUCAUUGUAAGGGUUAAGAUUUGGGGCCUGACCUUUCCUUUGACUCUGAUUAGUUAUAGUCCUUAUGCCCGUUCUUUGUAGGAAACAGUAUGUUCCAUUUGUGAUACUCUUGGUAGAGCUGAACAUGGAUGGCAUCUACUGUCAAAACAAGUCUACCUGUCAGUGUGCAAAAGCUUUUACUCUUGUUCUCAAAUAAACUUCUGGUUGUUUUUUGGUUU